AUGGCAUCUACAACCCUCUCCACAACAACAUGCUUCACUUCCUCGGAAGCAUUUAAACAUCCUCUCCCUCAAAUCCGGCAAUUCCACCGCGAUCUCACCACCGAACUUGAUGAGAAAAACGCACGUCUACGUACACUUGUCGGAGGUAGUUAUAGACAAUUACUGGGAACCGCUGAACAAAUCCUACAAAUGCGCAAGGAUAUCCGUGAAGUGGAGGAAAAGUUGGGGGAAGUAGGGGAAGGAUGUGGAAGAAAUGUAUUAGUUGGGAUGGCUUCUGGAUUAGGUAAAUUACAGGGAGAAAUGAAGAAUGGGAAGAAAGGGGAGGAAAUAAGGGGAUUGGCUAGAAUGAAGGGUUUGGGUAUGUGUGGGAUUGUGGUUGGGAAACUUUUGAGGAGGCAGGGAAGAGUGGAUGGGGAGGGGAGAGGGAAAAGUUUAGUGAUUGCUGCGAAAGUUUUGGUUUUGAGUCGGUUGUUGGCGAAGAGUUUGGAGGGUUGUGUGAAUAGUGCGGAUAGAGAAUUUGUUGAGGAGGCAAAGAAGAAGAGGGUGGUUUUGACGAAACGAUUGUUACGGGCGGUUGAGAAGACAUUAGUCUCGACCAAGGAUGGUGAAGAUAGAGAAGACCUGGUACAGGCUCUUUGCGCGUAUAGUCUUGCUACUAGCUCUGGUGCGAAAGACGUUUUACGACAUUUUCUAAAUGUCCGAGGGGAAGCAAUGGCAUUAGCAUUCGAAGACGAAGAGGAAUCGAACCAGGAGACAUCAGGUGUUUUGCGGGCAUUGGAAAUAUAUACGAGGACUUUACUUGAUGUACAAGCAUUGGUACCGAGUAGACUUAGCCAAGCAUUGGCUGCGCUGAAGACGAAACCUUUAUUGAAAGAUGAAAGUAUUCGAGAUUUGGAGGGAUUGAGAUUAGAUGUAUGUGAGCGGUGGUUUGGUGAUGAAAUUCUUUACUUUACACCUUAUGUUCGACACGAUGAUUUGGAAGGAUCAUUAGCCGUUGAGACAUUAAGAGGUUGGGCGAAGAAAGCAUCAGAGGUACUACUGGAAGGAUUCACAAAGACUCUUCAAGGUGGCUUGGACUUCAAGGUAGUAGUCGAAUUACGGACAAAGAUAUUGGAGGUAUGGAUACGGGAUGGAGGAAAGGCAAGAGGGUUUGAUCCGUCUAUACUUCGAGAUGGACUGCGAGGUGUUGUUAACGAACGACUUGUAGAGUUAUUGGAAACUCGAGUUGGCAAACUUCAUCUAGUGGGAACAGAAAUAGAAUCCACAUUGGCUACAUGGGAGAAAUGGAUUACUGAUCAUCAUGCUAGUCUAUGGGAUGAAGAUAUGAUGGCAACGGAACUCAGCAAUGGAGGUAAUAUGUUCAAACAAGACAUUCUUGCUCGUACCUUUGGACGUAAUGAUGCUGUUUCAAGAGUAGUCAACAGUUUUCAGACUUGGAGACAUCUCAUCAAGGAAAUAGGUACUGUUAUUGAUGAAUUGAAGAAACAAAGAUGGGAUGAUGAUUUAGAAGAUAUCGAAGAUGAAGAAAGUCUUGAGUCGCGACAAAAUCUUCUUAGUAAGAAAGAUCCACAAAUGUUGCAAGAUCAUCUUGAUUCAAGCUUAGAAAAAGCUUUUCAGGAGUUACAUACGAAAAUCACGACACUUGUGGAGCAAUACAAAGAUAGCGAGCAUAUCGGAAAGAUAUCAAUGUAUAUUUUACGAAUUUUACGAGAUAUCCGAGCAGAGCUACCGACAAAUCCAUCACUACAACAAUUCGGUCUUUCACUGAUCCCAUUACUACACGAGAGCCUUGCCAGCACAGUUUCUGAAAACCCUAUCUCUUCUCUAGCAAAAUCGCUCAAGAAAAAAAAAGUUGCAGGAAGAGCAUUAUGGGAAGGAACACCGGAACUUCCAAUUCAACCUUCACCUGCUACAUUUAAAUUUCUUCGUGCUUUAUCAAAUGCUAUGGCUGAUGCUGGAGCAGAUCUUUGGAGUCCUAUUGCUAUUAAGACUUUGAAAGUACAUCUCGAUUCCCAAAUUAAUGAGAAAUGGAGCAUAGCCUUGUCAGAGAAGAUGGCUAGUAAUAAAACAACUACUUCUUCCAGCAAUCCACCCGAUACUGAAAAAUCCGCGGAAACAGAAGAACCAAAAAAUGAAGUUCAAUCCCCGUUGGAUAAAGAAGUAGAAGAAGAAAAAGAAAAAAAUCUACUAAAACAAUAUUUAUUCGAUAUCUUCGUCUUACAACAAGCUUUAGCGCUACAAUCUAUACAAUUUGGGGAUAAGGAAAAGGAAAAGGAAAAAGGGAUUAUGGGGAUGAAAAUCAAGAAUUUGAGUGAUGAGAUUGAAUUGGAAUUGAAGCUUGAGAUGCAGGAGAGGAAGAGGGUGGGGAAUGGUGCGAGGGAGUAUUGGAAGAGGACGGGGCUUUUGUUUGGGUUUUUGGUGUAG